AUGAAGAAAAAGGUGAGUCGAGCACGUGAACAGCCUACGAUGGAUGUCAGCCAUAUCACACCCGGUGGACUUGCAGGAGCGGCGGCAGCUCGGAGGUUCGGGUCUCUGAUGGUCUCGUUGCUCUUAGAGUAAGAGGUUACCCGCUGCGCACUGACGCAAUCCGCUUGACGCUCUCAGAUACUUCUGAUGGGCCGGUCAGGCUCUGGGAAAACGUCCAUGAGGUCGCUGGUGUUGUGAGUGGAAAUCCUGGCACAAGCUUCUUAGUGCCAGGUGACUUCAACUCACAUUAAAACCUCUAUGCAUCCAUAGCUCCUCCUACCGACCUUCGGACACUCGGAGGUUAGGUUCUACCUUGGACGUCGAGCACUCUCAUGUCCGCUUUCUCGGCAACCUGUCCCUCAAUUUGUGGGACUGUGGCGGUCAGCAAGCGUACAUGGAUUCAUACUUGGAGAGCCAACGCCAUCAGGUGUUCUCGUCUGUAGGUGUCUUGAUCUACGUCUUCGAUCUUGUCGGUGGUGACGAUCCCGAUGGAAGUGAGGAGUGGGACAAAGACGUUCGAUACUACAAGUGAGUCCGGUUGGAGACACUUCAAUUCCCACUCAGGAUAUGUGCGCUCGUCACUGCUCCACAUCGCCAUGAGCCUCCAAGAAUUCCUUCUCAAAUCGACCUCGCUUCACUAUCCGCUCUAGGGACUGUCUCGCUGCCUUGAAGGUGCAUAGCCCUACCGCGAAGGUGUUCUGCUUGCUACAUAAGAUGGACCUAGUUGACGCCACGCGGAGGAAGAGCGUUUACGCGUCAAGAGUUAACGAAUUGAGACGGAAGAGCGAGGACAUUGCGAUUUCGCCGUUCGCCACAAGUAUCUGGGAUGAAACGCUUUACAGGGUGAGCAGUGAGCUGAUUGCGAAUAUGAUACAAGUACGCCAGUGUCAUUGACCUGGCUCCUGCUCUUGGCGAACCCCAGGCGUGGUCUCGAAUCAUCCACACAUUGAUACCACAGGUCGGUGUGCUUGAACACCAUUUAGCUCAUUUCGCCGAUGUGAACAGCGCGGCAGAAGUCGUAGUCUUUGAGCGCAGCACCUUUCUAGUCAUAAGCAGGACCAGUCGGAUAGGCGAAGCUUCAGGGCAAAGCGAACGCACGACCUCCAACCUCCCAGCUUCGCCGAACCUUGAUCUAGAGGGUUUUCCGGAAGAUCACAAUGCGGGCGGCAAGGAUACACGACGGCUCAAUCCCGAGAGAUUCGAGAAAAUCUCUGAACUCGUCAAGAGCCUCAAAGCCUCCUGCUCGUUAGUGUUGAAUUCGCCGAUUUCUGGGAGACUUCGGCAGUCUUGAGCAUGAGAGCGCUGAUUGCUGCUUUAAUCUUUUCGCAGGAAAUUGCAAGCAGGCUUCCAAGCUUUGGAGGUCCAAACAGAGGAUUUCUCUGCGAUCUUUGAUGUGUUGACGCCCAACACGUACAUCAUGGUGGUUGUUUCGGACCCUCGGGUGGAGCUUGCUGCGGUCCGCCUGAACAUACUUCAGGCGAAGGAUCAUUUUGAAAAGCUCCCUGCACUGAACAUCGGACGCUAA